CCCUUUCAUGCUCCCUUACUUUCCCACUUUUGUUCACGUUUCUUUCUUUUAGAUUCCUCUGCAUAGAUUCUGUCGAAUUUUUCUUUGCAUUUUCACUCUCUUACAUUCAGAUUCUCCUCUUAACUUAGAUUCUCCUUUCCACUUUCCCUCAGAUUUGUCUGCAGUUCUUCUCUCUCUUUCCUGUUCAUCCUCCCUCACUGUCUUGUUCUCACUUUUUCUGCAUUUCUAUCAGAUUUCUCUAAAUUUCUUGUGAAUUCUCCUCCUUCUGGGGGCUUGUGCACCUGUGAAACCUCCUUCAACUUUCCUCCAGUCUCUUCAGCUUUCUCCAAAUCCUUCCCUCCCCCCUUCUCUCCAGAUGAAUAGAUGACGGAGGGGUCCGUGGCUGGCAGAGUGGAAUUACUAGAGCUUAGUCAGAGGGGGGAUUAUCACUCAGAGUGACUGAUUCAGCCCAGUUUGUUUUUUUGUUGGAGUUUGCUCAGCUCAGUUAUCUAUUUUGAGGAUGGGGCUAGGGAAAAGCUGACCUUCAUCUGGCACAGCACUUGGUAGCUGGUUAAAUCUUAAUCCUCAUACUAUAAUAAGCAUCAAAAUGGUUGACCCGAGUGAAGAGGACAAUGCAAAAAUGACCAGCCAACAUGCACUCUGUACUCCUGAUAAAGACACCCUCAAAGACCCCUGUUGCUCUACUCUUAAGAUGUUCAUCAUGUCCUUGUCCUUUGCCUACUUCUCCAAGGCUUUAUGUGGCACCUACAUGAAGAGUUCUAUCACUCAGAUAGAGAGAAGAUUUGACCUGUCCAGCUCACUGGUCGGCCUGAUCGAUGGCAGCUUUGAGAUGGGUAACCUGCUCUUUCUGGCUGUAGUUAGUCAUUUUGGGGCAAAGCUACAUAGACCCAGGCUCAUUGGAUCAGGCUGUUUUCUGAUGGCUAUUGGCUCUGCAAUCACAGGACUGCCACAUUUCUUCAUGGGACGAUAUAAAUAUGACACAGUUCUUCAAAACUCACUGAAUGAAACUGUCAGUAUAGCAGCCUGUCAGGAUGCCACAGUACAAAGCGAUUACCCGGAUAUACAUCAAGAAUUUACAAUGAACUUCAACACAGGCUCAGACUGUGAGAAAGAAUCUGGUUCCUACAUGUGGGUUUACGUGUUCCUGGGAAACGCCCUGAGGGGGAUAGGAGAAACACCAGUCACUCCCCUUGGCAUCUCAUACAUCGACGACUUUGCAAAAGCAGAGAACUCAGUGUUUUACAUAGCUUGUCUCCAGACCAUUUCGCUGCUGGGGCCCAUGUUUGGCUUCCUGAUGGGCUCCAUGUGUGCCAAACUGUAUGUGGAUAUUGGAUUUGUCGAUGUUGACUCUGUGACCAUAAGCCCCAAAGACGCACGUUGGGUUGGGGCCUGGUGGCUCGGUUUCUUCGUGUCAUCCACCAGCCUGCUCCUGGCUGGCAUUCCUUUCUGGUUCCUCCCUCGUUCCUUACCAAAGCAAGCUGAGGAACAACGGGAAGAUCCUAGCUCUCCUCAUGGCAAUCAGGAGCAUCCUGCACAUCCAGCUACCCCAACUAUGAAACUGGUGGACAUUGCAAAAGGUUUCUUGCCCUCACUAAAGAAACUCCUGGGCACUCCAGCCUACUUCCUUCUGCUCUGUGGGAGCAUUCUAAAUUUCAACUCAUUAAUCGGCUUGAUCACAUUCAAAGCCAAGUACAUGGAGCAACAGUUUGGCCAGUCCGCCUCCAGAGCAAAUUUCCUCAUUGGUGUGUUGAAUCUGCCGGUGGUUGCCGUGGGGAUCUUUCUGGGUGGUCUGGUGAUGAAGAGGUAUAAGCUGAGCGUGGUUUCUGGAGCUCAGCUCUCCUUCCUUGCCUCCUUCUCGGCCUACCUGCUCAUGCUCCUGCAGUUCGGCACCAAGUGUGACAACCUGCGCAUGGCUGGCCUCACUGUGUCCUAUAACGGGACUCCUCAGAUUUCAUAUGAUGAGCAAACACUGUUCUCACAGUGUAACCAGCACUGUUCCUGUUCUGCAGCAGAGUGGGAUCCAGUGUGUUCUGAUGAUGGCAUUACAUACAUGUCUCCAUGUUUAGCAGGAUGUAUGAGCUCCUCUGGACACGGAAAAAACACGGUCUUCCACAACUGCAGCUGCGUAUUGAGUCCUUCACCAGUAGAGGGCAGUACUUCUGUAUCUCUUGGUCAGUGUCCCCGGGGUCCGGCGUGCAGUCGCAGCUUCACCUCCUACAUGGCCGUGUCCGUCCUCAGCUCCUUCAUUAAUUCUCUGGGGACCACGCCUGCAUACAUGGUCAUUAUAAGGUGCAUCAGUCCUGAGCUGAAGUCACUGGCACUGGGCAUUCAGACUCUAGUGAUAAGAACUCUAGGGGGUAUUCCAGCUCCAGUGUAUUUUGGGGCUCUGAUUGACUCUACCUGUUUGAAAUGGGGCAUGAAAAAGUGCGGAGGCCGAGGCGCAUGUCGCUUGUACAACUCGGACAAGUACAGAGUGAUCUUCUUAGGCCUGAUCACAUGUUUGAGUGGCUCCUCGUACUUCUUCGUCAUUGCUGUCAUCGUGCUGUUGAGGAAGCAGUUCAGUAAAGACACUCUCAGAGCCCUCCGGGAAACUAACCAGGGCCGACUUGAGCUACAGCCACCAAAACUGCAGUGUGAUGAGGCGUCAGAACAUUGCUCCAGUCCAUCACAACCUGGAGGAGAGGCUUUAGACCUCAGUGAGAGGACAGUAGAGACAACAGAGUCUUACGCACCACAUGCAUGCCCAGCUUCACCAUCAACAGUGACCCCAGAGAAGCCAGGGGUCGUUGUCACUGAACAGGUUAAUGGGCUAACUGGAGUGGACGGCAACUUAGAGUCAGCCUGCGGAGGACAGCAGGACUUGGAAACAGAGUCCAGAGACCCAGCAAAGGGACCAGCUGUAGCCUAACUCACUCACUUUGUCACUAUACUACAUUGAAUAGUACUUGAUUCAAAUGUUUAUAUCAUUUAGACAUGAAUGAAAUACAUAAACACAGAUUUGUAAAGCUUGUCUAAGCUAGCAACAGUUGCUGUGACAGAAUGCAUUUGUUUGCAGAGCUUGUGUUGGUUUAAUAGCCCAAAUUUUAUUCAUGUGGAAAUGAUGUAUACAUGUGAACAGAGUUCACUGAGGACCUUACUUGUUCAGCAAGUCUGUUUCUCAGAGUCUGUAUUCUUAAAUAAAGAGUUGGUUAAUAGCUUCAUAAUCAUACUUUGACAGAUUGCUGGAAAUUCGUCUCUGUAAUGGACUCACUGUCAUUUUGUUUUCAGCUUAGUCACCACAUCGAAACACACUUUAACCAACUGCUCAAAUAUUUCCAAAACAGAGAUCCACCCCCACUACCCCCCGCCCUCAAGUUAAUUCACUUUCCUGAUUUAUCAAAGCUCAGUGGGGUCAAUAGCUGCUUGUGUUUGGGGUGAAAUUAGGUUUUCUAGCCAUUAGCAAAAAAAAGCUGCUUUAAAUAUUCUUGAUUUUGUCAGUCAGUUGCCCAUGUAUAUAACCGCUAUCUGUCAGUUUACGUCUUUUGGCAAGACUUAUUAUAUUUUUAAUCCACAUGCAACCAGUUGACAAUUGAUAAAUAUAAAUAUAAAGCUUCAUUUUUGCAUUUGCAUUUGCAUGUGACUGAGGAUGAGGAACAUGACCUCGACACUGUUCAUUAGCUGGGAUAAUGGAGAGGAUGCAUCCACUAACACAAGUAGCCAUCUCAUUAUCAGCCAGGUCACAGGUGUAUUAGCUUCGCCUGCUGCUUCAGCUGACCGGUAAGUAAUAUUCUGUUGAACUAAUCAAGCUCAAAGGUGAGAGGCUGGGGUUAGAAGUGUGCUGGCCACAUCUUGCCACCCUUCAGCGGGGCUACAUCUUUUCUCAGGGCUUGGUGGGAAGUAAUAGCAAACAAUAAUAACCACAGAAACAUGUUUUACUGAUUUACUUUAUUACAAUGUUUUGUAGGGUUUAGAUUUCUUUUACAAGUGCAUUGAAUGAAAUUGAUUCAAAUGUUUUUCCACAUGAAUAAAAUAUAUUA